AUGUCUGAAAAUCAAAUUCCCAUGUUCAACAACUCCCUCAAGCUGUCUUCGGGCAUAAUUCCCGCAGACCGUGCCUCAACAUGGGCUUCAUACGCGCUCGUGGCAACAGACGAAGUCGCAGAAAAACCAGCGGGUCUUGAGCGUGAAGAGGCAGCGGUAUUGAAUUACCGCUUAGCGCGCAGACGGCGUACAAGGCGUUCUUUGUGCAUGCGGAUCUUCCGCUUCCGCUUCUGGGCGGGCGUGCGCUGUCGGAACCACGCUGUCAUUAGGACAAGAAUUAUCACCAUGCUUAUCAGUUGGAACAGCGUGUGUUUGUUGCUGGUGAGGGUGGGGUUGGGUGUUUUCUUGUACAGCUUGCUGGGUGUGCUGGGGCUCAUAUUGUUGUGGGUGGUUGGAUCUUUUGGGAGGAAUAGGGCGUUUUUUUCCCAAGAAGUUGCGGCUGCCGAGGUUGCUGAGCAUGGAGGUUUGAGUGUCCAGCUGGUGAGGAGGGCAGGUUUGUGA